GAGAAAUCCGCAGAGAUUCGCUUCGAUUCGAAGAGGCUCAUCCGGACUCCGCUCCUCCGCUCCGAGACACGACUGCUGGAUAUCUGAAGCUCGCCUGUGGCGUUUCAGCCGUAAAGAGCUUCCCCCUGCCUUCUGUCACCUGGAAGACGAGCGAGCAGCGUCUGUGAACAGAGCCCGUCAUGAACUGGGCAUUCCUCCAGGGACUCCUCAGCGGAGUGAACAAGUACUCCACGGCGUUCGGCCGUGUGUGGCUCUCCAUCGUGUUCCUCUUCAGGGUGAUGGUGUUCGUGGUGGCCGCCGAGAAGGUGUGGGGGGACGAGCAGAAGGACUUCAAGUGCAACACGGCGCAGCCCGGGUGCCACAACGUCUGCUACGACCACUUCUUCCCCGUGUCCCACGUGCGGCUGUGGGCCCUGCAGCUCAUCUUCGUCACCUGCCCCUCGCUCCUGGUGGUCAUGCACGUCGCCUAUAGGGAGGACCGCGAGCGCAAGCACCGGCUCAAGUACGGCGAGAACUGCCGCCGUCUCUACAAGGACACGGGGAAGAAGCGCGGCGGCCUGUGGUGGACCUACGUCCUGACGCUGGUCUUCAAGAUCGGGGUGGACGCCACCUUCGUCUACCUCCUCUACCACAUCUACGAGGGCUACGACUUCCCCUCGCUCAUCAAGUGCGAGCAGAAGCCCUGCCCCAACAAGGUGGACUGCUUCAUCGCCCGGCCCACGGAGAAGCGGAUCUUCACCCUCUUCAUGGUGGUCACCAGCCUGGCGUGCAUCUUCCUGUCCUUCCUGGAGAUCAUCUACCUGGUGGGGAAGCGCUGCCGCGAGCUCUUCACCUCGGUGCACCACGCUCACCACAGCAUGACCAACACGCUGUCCAGCGGCAGCAACCUGAUGGAGCCCAACGCCCUCAAGGCGGGCAAGAACACCCCCGAGACCCCCGCGCCCUCGUACAGCGUCGCCAUAUCCUGAGAGACGGACCAGAAAAAGACUUGAUUCAGAACAAA